CGCCUCUCCAAUGUUUCCAAAGCGCAGCUUCCUCGCGGCUCAUCCGAUGUGCGUCUGUGGGCGGAUGGGAGAAGACAUAAGAUGGACCCAGGCUCCUCAUGACUCCGUCUGACGGAAAUCUUCGUCCUCAGCAUGUGGUCUUUUCGGAACCGAGCCCGGACGGUUCGGACGUGGAGACAAAACUUGUUUACACUUGCAGCAACUUUGCGCUCCAAAGGGGCUUCGAUGGCGUUGCUCAUUCAGAGAAGAUGUGGAGAGCUGCAGCGACACAGUUUUGCACGGCUUCUCGGCUCAAACAGGCCUCUGAAAGGUUUUGAGAAAUUGUUCCCGAAGAGUAAGGAAGGAACUGGCAGACGAACAUCAGCAGAAAAUAAAAGAAAUAAAGAGCAAGACUCACUUCAAACCAAAAGAUGUGAAGAAAAUGAUGGAGGAGAAAAAGAGAGAUCUCAGUGGUGGAAACAAUUCAGGAAAGAUUUUUCCUUCGAUGAAAGGACCGUGCAGAACUUUGCUCUCGGUGCUGCGGGCAUGACCGCAGCCUUUCUGUACUUCCACUUCAGGGAAACCAAAGUCCAGAUCUCCUGGAAGGAUUUUGUGCUGUAUCUGAGCAAAGGCUUGGUUGGUCAUGUAGCGGUGGUCAAUAAGCAGUAUGUCAAAGUGUUUCCGGCCGAUGGGGUGAACUCAAAAGACGUGGUUAGUAAGAUAACGCAGUGCCGUGUUCUGAAAAGACUUCUUACGUCUUGUUUUGAUUUUGUGUUUCAGGAUUAUUUGUGGUUUAACAUUGGCAGCGUGGCCUCAUUUGAACACAAGUUGGAGAUGGUGCAGGAGGAAAUGGGCCUGGACUCCACACAGAAAGUACCGGUCCUCUACACCAGCGAAAGUGACGGGACGAUGGUUUUAAGUGUUCUCCCUACGUUCCUCCUGGCCGGCUUCUUACUAUUUGCAAUGCGACAGGGGCCAAUAGCCGGAUCACAUGGCGGCAGUUUGAAAGGAAAUCCAUUCAGCAUGAAAGCAUCUAAAGCAAAGAUAAUUAAAGACUUUGGAAGUGUUUGCUUUAAGGAUGUGGCAGGCUGUGAAGAGGCCAAACUAGAGAUCUUGGAGUUUGUAAAUUUUCUGAAAAAUCCAAAUCAGUACCGGGAGUUGGGAGCCAAGAUCCCAAAGGGUGCGCUGUUAUCCGGGUCCCCUGGAACUGGGAAGACGUUGCUGGCGAAGGCCACAGCAGGGGAGGCCACCGUCCCCUUCAUCACAGUCAAUGGCUCCGAGUUUCAGGAGGUUUUCGCUGGGGUGGGCCCCGCAAGGAUAAGAGACGUGUUUGCCAUGGCUCGCAAGGUGGCCCCCUGCAUUGUUUUUAUCGACGAGAUCGAUGCGGUCGGCAGGAAGAGAGGCAGCGGGAGCUUUGGCUGGCAGAGCGAGCAGGAAAACACUCUGAACCAGUUGCUCGUGGAAUUGGACGGAUUCAACAGCAGCACCAACAUUGUCGUGCUAGCCGGCACUAAUCGAGCUGAUAUCCUGGAUCCGGCUCUGAUGAGACCCGGCCGCUUUGAUCGACACAUAUAUUUGGGCUUGCCUGAUAUAAAAGGCAGAGCAUCCAUCUUUAAAGUGCACCUGAGACCUCUGAAGUUGGAGCCUUGUUUGAACCUGGAAGCCUUGUCCAGGAAGCUAGCUGCACAGACUCCAGGUUUCACGGGGGCUGAAAUUGCCACGGUGUGUAAUGAAGCUGCACUGAGAGCUGCACGUCAUGUCAGCCAGUGCAUCAGUGCUGAGCACUUUGAGGAGGCUGUGGAGAGAGUCAUUGCAGGUCUGAAUAAAAACACUCAGCCGUUACAGCUUCUGGAAAAGACAACCGUGGCGUAUCACAGGGCUGGUCAUGCUGUAGCAGGAUGGUUCCUGGAGCAUGCAGAACCACUGCUUAAGGUAUUCCCUCGGACCCGGUCCCUAGUAAUAUUUAUUUAUCUGAUUUGGAAGAUUUUUACUUUACAUUACCAUCAGGUUUCCAUUGCUCCUCGAGGGAGAGGUUUGGGUUAUGCACAGUAUUUAUCUAAGGAGCUGCAUCUGCUGAACCAGGACCAGAUGUUUGACAGGAUGUGCAUGAUGUUGGGCGGACGCGUGGCCGAGCAGGUUUUUUUUCGACGGGUCAGCACCGGGUCCCGGGACGACCUCAGGAAAGUCACACAGACGGCGUACGAGCAGGUCGUUCAGUUCGGAAUGAACGAGGCUGUGGGUCAUGUUUCUUUCGACCUCCACCUUCAGCACAACGCUGUCACAGAGAAGCCCUACAGUGAGUCAGCAGCGCAGCUCAUAGAUCAGGAGGUCCGCUCGCUCGUCGACGCCGCCUUCCAGCGAACACAUCGGCUUGUUGUGGACAAGAAGGAGAUGGUGGAAAAGGUGGCGAAGCGUCUGCUAGAAAAAGAGAUUGUGGACAGAACGGACAUGGUGGAGCUUCUGGGACCUCGACCUUUUCAAGAGAACGGCUCAUACGAGGAGCUUUGUGAAGCAUCAAAAUGUGAAGAGGAAACUCCACAGUCUGAAGGUCUACAGUGUGGAGAGGAUGAUAAACAGAACAAAUCACCUUUUCACAUGCAGUAAAUUAACAAAGAAAUAUUAGUAUCCCCUGAACUUAACAUUUUGUCACAUUACAACCACAUCUGUCCGUCUGUCCAUCCAUAUUUGAUGGGGAUUUAUGUUAUACGCCACUGCAAAGCAAGGGAGUUUUUAAAAUUUUUUUACAAACCUCCAAGAAGGGCCGAUGUUUUCACCAUGACUCAAAAAUUUCUAGAAGCAAAUCUACAUGAAAUAUUUGCCUUGUUAGCAAAAUAUUUCAGUUUCUGCAAAAGUGUAUGGAAGAGUGGAGGAGUAAUAGUCAGGUCUUAUGAUAGAUUGCUGAAUUGAAAAUGAUCUCCCUUUGAUUAGCUCCUGACUCUGCUUUGCUCUAAACCAUUUGAUCUGAAUCAUUGCAUUCAGCCUCUAGCAGGUCUUCUUCCAUGAUUACCCUGGAUCCAUCACCCAUCAACUCUGACAGCAGCUGCUGUCCUGCACUUUCAUUAGUUUUCAAUAAUGUCCUCUGCAUGAAGCUGCCCCCUGAACUUCAUUAAGUUUCCUUCAAAAAUUGCUUUUUUUGGACACUUUUUCUAUGAAGACCACACUGCUGGUCUUCAUAGAAAACUCUUGGACAGGUUGCAGCGUAAAACAUUUUUUAUUUUCAGACACUGGGUUUCACAGCAUACUGUGACAUGUUUAUAUCUUAACACACUGUUUGAUAUCCUAACAACACUUCAGCCUUUUCCACUACUUUCUCCCAGUUCUGUCUUCUCUAUUUCUUGGUCUUUAUGAUGCUGUUUUUUUCCCAUGAAUGUUAAUGAUCUCUGAAGCCUCCGUGAAAUAGCUGCAGUUUAAAGAUAUUAAAUGAUAUGGUCUCUUUUUACUAUUAAUAAUCCAUUGUUUUCAAUGGAUUAUUUAUCAUUAUCAGUUAAUACAAAUGCAUGCCACCCUUUUUAGAAACUAUAAAUUGUUUUUCUUCCCAACUCAAUCAUUUCAAUUCACUACUUUGUGCCAGAAGAACAUAAAAAUGAAUUUUUGGUUGUAGCCUGACAUAAUUCAGUGUGUGCAGACUUUUUGUGCAUUCAGUCUUCACUCAUUGCAAAAUUUGCUCUAUGGACAUAUGAAAGAAGAUAUUACUGUAACUUUCUCAUCUUCGUCAUGAAAUAUAAACAAAUUAAUAUUA